GGCAACGUCGUACAAUCGUAUUCCGCAAGCAGCAGCGUGUGUUUUUGUAUUUGCAUCGCGAUGCACCGUGGGCCGGGCGAAAGCCAAGAUGGCGGCAGCCGUGUUUGGCGAACGCGUUUCAAGUGUGCUUAGUUUUAGACCGCAUAAAUGGCUCGGCCUAAACGCACAGUAAUUUCUAACACUGUGAUUUCCUAGUUCGCACAAGUCACUGGGUACUCCAUCGUUACUGGGCGAUGUCCUUUUGACGAAACACGACACAAGAAAUUCUUACGAGAGGAAAAAAGUGUCGUGCACUGUCAGUCAGCAACUUCGACUGCAUAGCAAAAAUAAUAUUCACCGUUGGUGUUUCAGCAAAGUAUUCGUUUAUUUUGAACUUUCCGUAACAGUAAGAAUUAAAAAAAAAAACUCUUGCCAUGUCGGCCAAAAGGGAGAAGGAUGCAAUGAACGAAGACAGCAGCAGCGACGAGGACGAAGAUCCCGAUAACAUGGGUGUGCCAGGUGGCGGGAAGGACCUAGCUACCGCGACCGGGAUAGCAAAUAUUAAAGAUGAAAAACUUGCGGAUGCGCCGUCUAACGUCAUGACGAAAGGACAAGGGGGAAUGAAUAUGUUAAAUCAGAAAUUUGGCAAUAAAAUUCCUGGUGGAUUAGUAACCAAGACAGCGACACCAGGAUACGAAAUGGUACGCGUAGGAGGAUCACAGGGUACACCGCCUGGAUUUGUUAAUGCAAAUCAAUUAGGUCAAUUAAAUCAAUUAGCUACCGCUGGUGGAUCAUACGCUUUUCCACCAGGAUUAGCGACUCUCGCGGGUUUUAAUCCUGCAGCCUUUUUUUCACCGAGCAUGGAUAUGAGUUUAAUGAGUGGCUUUAUGGGUAUACCUGGAAUAAACAUGGGUGUUAAUCCUCUAGUCCAGUUGUUAAACCAGAAUGGUUUACAUCCAAAUUGGCCAGCUGGACUCUCAGGUAAAGCAGUGUCUCAAUUGUGGAUGAAUGCUGGAGACCCGACUAAAAUGAAUAUACAACAAACUUUACCAGAAGAGGAAGAAGUAGACGACGAAGAUAUGGGCGUUGCAGAAACAUACGCCGAUUAUAUGCCUACUAAACUUAAACUUGGACGAAAGCAUCCAGAUCCUGUUGUGGAAACUGCGUCAUUAUCCAGCGUCGAACCGACAGAUGUUUGGUAUAAACUGUCGAUACCGGAGGAAACGAUACGAACUGGAGCUCUAUCCGCGUUACAACUCGAAUCGAUCACGUACGCGUCUCAACAACACGAGCAUCUUUUGCCAGACGGUUCACGCGCCGGUUUCUUGAUCGGCGAUGGUGCAGGAGUAGGUAAAGGACGAACCAUAGCUGGUAUUAUAUUUGAAAACUACUUGAAAGGUCGGAAACGUGCUAUUUGGGUUUCUGUUUCGAACGAUCUUAAAUAUGACGCAGAACGAGACCUGAACGACAUAGGUGCAUCAAAAAUCGAGGUCCAUGCAUUGAAUAAGUUUAAAUACGCAAAAAUUUCAUCGGCAGUAAACGGUAAUGUUAAGAAAGGAGUAAUAUUCAGUACGUAUUCCGCGUUAAUCGGAGAAUCUACACAGAGUGGGGGAAAAUAUAAAAGUCGCUUAAAGCAACUGUUACAAUGGUGCGGAGAAGACUUUGACGGGCUAAUUAUUUUCGACGAGUGUCAUCGCGCGAAGAACUUGUGUCCGACGGGUAGCUCAAAGCCUACCAAAACUGGUUUGACGGUUUUAGAAUUACAGAAUAAACUUCCGAAAGCUAGAGUAGUGUACGCUAGUGCCACGGGUGCAUCCGAACCCCGUAACAUGGCCUAUAUGGUGAGAUUAGGUAUGUGGGGCGAAGGCACACCGUUCCCCGAAUUCAACGAUUUCAUCACCGCUGUCGAGAAGCGAGGAGUUGGCGCGAUGGAAAUCGUAGCGAUGGAUAUGAAAUUGCGAGGCAUGUACAUCGCUCGACAGCUCAGUUUCCAUGGAGUAGCUUUCAAGAUAGAAGAAGUACCGUUGUCUAAAGAAUUCACCGAGGUAUACGAUCGAUCAGUUCGACUUUGGGUGGAAGCGAUGCAAAGGUUUCAAGAAGCGGCGGAAUUGUUGGACGCGGAGAACCGUAUGAAGAAAACGAUGUGGGGACAGUUUUGGUCGUCGCAUCAGCGUUUCUUCAAGUAUUUGUGCAUCGCUGCAAAAGUGAAACACGCCGUUGCGGUCGCUAGGGAAGCGGUGAAAUGCGGCAAAUGCGUAGUGAUAGGUUUGCAAUCGACUGGGGAAGCUCGUACAUUGGAACAAUUGGAACGCGACGACGGUGAAUUGAGCGAUUUCGUUUCCACCGCGAAGGGAGUGCUUCAAUCGUUGGUCGAAAAGCAUUUUCCAGCGUCGGAUCGUAACCACAUACAUCGAGUUCUCGGUAUCGAGCCGUCGAAGAUGCAGAGGUUAGACGAACUGGAAGAUAUGGAAAGUGCUGGCGGUUCCGCCGGUAGCAGUAAGAGGAAACCGGUACGACAAGCUGCCCAGCGCGCUACGAAAAGAGUUCGCACGUUCCCAUCCGACGACGAUUUUACCGACGACGAGAGAAACGGCGGUCAUAGUUCUGGCUCGGAAUACAAGCAAAGCGGUAGCGAGAGCGAGGACGAUCACAAAAGUGACGAAGAAAGCAACAUCACUUCCGAUUCUUCGUUCAAUUACAGCGAAUCGGAUUCCGAUUCGGGCGAUGGAAGACGGAAGAAGAAAGGUGGCAAGAAACCGAAGAAGCCGGUAAAAAAACGCGGGGUUGUCGCGGGAGCAGCGACGCGCAAUCGAGCGCCAUCGAGAGACGCGGUCGAGCGCGCGUAUACCAUGAAAAAAGAACUGCUAUUGGAAAUCGAAGAACUGGGUGAUCGUCUACCACCGAAUACUUUGGAUCAGUUGAUCGACGAGUUUGGUGGGCCGGAAAAUGUGGCUGAAAUGACCGGGAGAAAGGGUCGAGUCGUCCAAACCGAAGAUGGGACUAUUCAGUACGAGUCCAGGUCCGAGGUCGAUGUUCCGUUAGAAACAUUGAACUUGACGGAAAAACAGAGGUUCAUGGACGGCGAGAAAACGGUAGCGAUCAUCUCCGAAGCAGCCAGCAGUGGUAUAUCGUUGCAGAGCGACAGGCGAGCUAGAAAUCAGAUGCGACGGGUACAUAUCACUCUGGAAUUACCGUGGAGCGCCGACAGAGCGAUACAGCAAUUCGGACGAACGCAUCGUUCGAAUCAGGUAAACGCACCUGAGUACAUAUUCCUGAUCUCGGACUUGGCAGGUGAACGGCGAUUCGCCUCGAUCGUGGCGAAGCGUCUCGAGAGUCUCGGUGCUCUCACGCACGGAGAUAGACGGGCGACGGAAACGAGAGACCUUUCGCAGUUCAACAUCGAUAACAAAUACGGCCGUGCGGCUCUCGAAGCGACGAUGAGAACCAUCAUGAAGUACGAGCCGCCCCUUGUACCACCGCCUCAAGAUUAUCACGGAGACUUUUUCAAAGAUGUAGCCGAAGCGUUAGUGGGUGUCGGUCUGAUCUGUAACAGCGAAAGUACGCCCGGUGUACUCACAUUGGACAAAGACUAUAAUAACAUGUCGAAAUUUUUAAAUCGUAUCCUCGGUAUGCCCGUCGAUUUGCAAAAUCGUUUGUUCAAAUAUUUUACCGACACUCUGAACGCGAUCGUGACGCAAGCGAAAAAGACUGGUCGUUUCGAUAUGGGCAUCCUUGAUCUUGGCACCUCGGGGGAAAACGUCAAGAGGGUUAAAUUGUAUCGUUUCCUACGAAAACACGCGACCGGAAAAGCGCCAACGGAACUUCACGUUGUUCACGUUGAACGUGGAAUGAAUUGGGCCGAGGCAGUGGAUAAGUGUUCCGAAUUAACAGGGUCGAAGGAGGGCUUUUAUUUGAGUCAUCAAAUUCGUAACGGAAAACAAACGGCGAUUCUCGCGGUCGCGGUGGACACCGGUAGCAAGAAAAAGUCCGAAAGCAAGAAAGAUCAACUGUAUAUGGUUUAUAGGCCCAAUACAGGAUUACAAUUGAGACAAGAAACUCUUGGCGAAUUAGAAAAGAAAUAUAAAAAGGUAUCUUCGGACGAAGCUGAACCGCACUGGUCGCAACAGUACGAAGCUUCCGUAGAUACGUGUUCUCACGCUUAUUGGCGCGGUAAUUGUAAAAACGUAACUAUUGGUAUGGACUGCGAGGUUGGACUGCGAAGGCGUUCCUACAAUGUUUUGUCGGGUUCAGUUUUAAGCGUAUGGAGUCGAGUAGAAAGCAUUCUAGCGACACGUUCCGGUCACAAUUCGAAGAUGCAAGUUGUGCGGUUACGAACCGACGAAGGAUUGAAGAUAGUUGGUACCCUUAUUCCAAAGUCCUGUAUGGAGAUAUUACGACAAGAACUUUCAUCGGAUUCGGAAAAUACCGAGGAACUUACAUUUUGAACAUCACGUUGAUUCGCUUUCAUAGAAUUAUUAUAUAUUAUAAUUCACCAAAUAGGACCAAAAGAAGCGGCUAAUACGGAUGUGUAACGUACGAUGGACAAAUCCCUCUUCGUAAGAUUCUCGAGAAAACCCAAGAAGAGGGUGCAUUUGCAAAUGCGUGGGAAAACGUGGAUUGACGUGUUAAUUAUCAAGAUGUAUAAGGUAGUCUUCAAGAUGAACAUCUACCAAACAGUGUUUUAUUGUCCUGUCUAAUACUACGAGUGAAAUGAAUGCGUGACACGAACGUUUCCAAUUUCAUGAACUUUUCAAAUCUAAACGUAUCUCUUCGUUAGAUUUUCACGUUUUUAUUUUAUAAGUUUUAACGAAACGUAUUUUCUCGGCCGUCGCAUCUCGAUAUACACGAAUGUUGCAAGUAGUUAGAAUUUGUUUUUUCUUUCUCUCUCUCUCUCUAUCUAUCUAUCUAUCUAUCUAUCUAUCUAUCUAUCUAUCUAUCUAUCCAUCUAUCUAUCUAUCUCCCUUUUUCUUUCUUCAACCUUUUAAUUUUUAUUUUAGUCAUAGACUGUGCCCUCCGUCGAUUUCAUUCAUCUUUUCCACGUCGUCGAAAGAACACAGAAACCUUAAUUUUAUACAGUUUAUGAUUACGCGCGUAACAGACUUGUUAGCAAGUUGUUUGCGCGCGGGAAUAAGAUAGAAUUCGUAGAAUGUAUUAUCGCUUAUAGAGCAGAUUAGGUUUUCAUCGAUGAAAAUCACGGGUGUAAGCGAGUUUCGGUUAACGUUGGAUAGCUUUAUUUCGCAUUCGUGACGGCGAGACGAGAAACGAAAACACGAGAUGAUAUAGCGAUUCGUACGACUUAAAAACUGUAUCUUAACGCUAAUCAUAUCUUGGAAAUGCAAGCAACGUCCAGUGAGAAUCGAUUGAAAAGUGUUCGCUUGUGUAUUGUGACUGAUCGACGCGACCGAAGUGUAACUCGGACGAAAAAUAAAGUAGUAUUAGUACUAUAUAAAAAAGAGCAACGCUUAACGAUCAGUUCUCGCUGGAGAGUACAGAUGUAUACGGAACUGUUCCAAUUUUUAUUUAAUCGCUGAAAGUGAUCGAAUAGUUAAUUAAUGACCAUUGCUACUGCUACCAUUAAUAUUAUUACACUACUGCUAUUAUUAUUAGUGCUAGUACUCCCACUGAAAACAGAAUAAUUACUACUAUUACGAAGAAAUAGAGAGACGAGAUAAACAAACAUUUUUGUGCUAUGGAAAACUUUAUAUCGAAAGAGAUAUCUAUCGUUUUCAAACAAGUGCCAAUGUAGCGUAAUUAACACUUUUUUUCUCUUUUUAUAAAUUCAUCCUUUUGUAAUCUGACCGAAGAAAUUAUUAUUUCGUCUUUGUUCUUCUUCUUCUUCUAUUACUAUUACUACUACUACUACUAAUUUUAUUAGGUAAUUUAAUGAUACGAAUAGCGUGAAGAUUUAAAAGAAAUUAUUAAGUAGGAAGGAAAAGAGAAUCAAAUCUCGUCUCCCAAUAUUCUCAAUUUAUGAGUAGUGAACGUUGAAAAGAAAUGGUUAGUUUCAACGAUACAUACGGCAGUAUAUUUAUAUUCGAAAAUCAUAAAGGUAGUCAUGCGAGUAGAUGUCUGUUGUUUGUACGCCUGAGCGAGCGAAUUAGAUCUCGUGAUCUAUCGUUUUUGUCGGAAAAACGGUAAAAGCGGAAAGAACAUUCGGAUUAGUUAAACGGGGCAGCAGCGAGUGUUGGGGCGGGGUGGGAGAGGAGAGGAUAGAAAGAAAAAAAAAAAAAGAUAAAAAAUUCGUUUUAAGUAGAAUCUCCAUUAGAAAAACAGAUUAAUUACGAAGAAAAUGUUCGCGCGAUCUUCGAACAUUGUAAAAUCAGAAAUUAUCACCGUGAAUAUUUUCCUGUCUUCGUAAUUGUCCUUACUACGAGAAAGGAAAAGAAAAAUCGUUUUGACGUAGCGUACGAGAGAUAAAACUACUACGUUUCUGCGGAUACACUACAUAUUGCAUUUAUAAAACAAGAGAGAUAUAAAUGAAAGAUUCGUUGCGUACGUAACUAAAAUAUAAAUCUUUUUAUUACGUUGUAAUUUUUGUAAAAUUCGAUAUUACACGUAACCGUACCAGUAAAUUAUUUAUUAAUAUAUUAUCACAGAGACGAUUUAAUAAUAUCGAAUAGUAUUCGUUCGUUGUUUUAGUCCUUUUUAACGAGAUUGAUUGCUUUCUUGUAAAGAAAUAUUCGUUCGUGCUUUUAUAUCGUUCGAUUUUUCUAAUUUAUUACGAACGUGGAGAUUCUUAUAAUGAAACUAAUCGGGAACGGGAAAGUCGUUUGACGAAAUUUUAAUACCGAAAGUGAUUUGUGAUUUAUACGAAAGAUUUCAAAGUGUAAAUAUAUAUAUUAAAGAAUAUAAAGCAGUUUUAGGUCACACGUGUACCUUAUAUUCAAUAUUUUUACAAUUCUUGCUUGAGUUCCUAUUACAGACAAGGUGUAAUUUAUAAAUGUGGUAUCUAGUAUACGUGGAAACAGGCACUGCACUUGCCGAAACGAUUCUCUUUCGUUCUGUGCUGUGUUUUGUGAAAUUGAAUGAGCGAUUUCUGAAGACUCUAUACAUGUAUACGUAUAUAUAUAUAUAUAUAUAUAUAUAUAUAUAUAUAUAUACAUAUAUAUAUAUAUAUAUAUAUAUGUAUAAAUGUUUGUGUAUGUAAAAUCGACACUUCGUAAGAAGACGAAAAAGGGGAAAAAAAUGAAAACUAAUGUUAAAGAAAAAUCGAUUUUUCGAAUAUCAAAGCCCACCAUUAUUACUGUAACGUUCGCGUUAAUAUUACUUUCCUCCAUUGUUGUGUAACUGAAAAUAACGAUGCGUAUACCACAUUUUCCUCUUGUUGCUUUACACGUAUACGUUGUACCCGCGAAAAGGCAUACCAGCAUUGGCGUAAUUAGGUGUAGGUCUCGAGAUAGGCUUGAUCCUCUGCCUCCGCUGUAACGUGACGAUAUAUCGUUUAACCGUACAACCGGUAACUAUACAAGGCGUGGUGAUUUAACGCGAUGAUAGGCAAUUAAAGUGGUCUCUGAAAUGCUUGGCGGGUAGCAGUAACAAGGUGUUAGCGAUUUCUCGAAUUCCCGUAUUUAUGAACUAACAAAAUUUGGUCAUUUGGAAAGUUCGAAAUUCAAAGGUAUAGAAAUGUAAUAACUGAAAUUUUUCCAAAUGAGAAAUUGACUACUACCCUUCAGUGCUACACGCCAUUCUGUACAUAUAACUACACAACGUGGCGAUGAUCUUACGCGUAUCUGUACUCUUGAGCAAAAAGCCUAGUCACGCCAAUGCGCGUACGAAAAACAUUAAUUCAUAGGCGUAUAAAAUUUAUUACUGGAUUUCCAGUAAAUGAAAAAAAAAAAACAUGUAAAUUGUUUUUUGUUGCAAACGCAGAUUUGGUACUCUGCAUUGCGUAAAAUUACAUGAAUAGCAAAUAAAAUGUCUUACAUAAGUAUCAGUCUAUUGUACUGCAGCAGUUAAUUUAGAUUUUCGUUAAAUUUUUUUUCUUUUAUACAUAUAUAAAACGAUACAGUUCUUAUUCUCUUCGAUUUUAAUGCUAUAAAGUUUUUCCGUUUAAAUAAUCAUAGUAGCCUGACGCACAAACAUACUCAAUCUUCUUUCUGAUAAUUGUCGAACGACAUAAACGUGUAUAUAGGAAGAUCGAAAACAAGUACAAAUAAUUUUAAAAUGCGUAAAAUAUCCACCGUUCAUUUUAAUGUUUAUUAACAUGUCAAUCGUGGAUUAAAUUUUUUUACAUGGUUUGACCCACGACUUAUGUUAGGCAAUAAAAAAACUGUACAAUUUAA